ACGUCAUCCCUAAGAAGAAGAGCCCAACUGUGGGUUUGGGGGCCCUGCAUGCCCCUGGCUCCGUCAUACAGAAGGAAAAUGACAAGAAGAUCCUGGAACUCAUCUCCAACAUCAUCCAGCUGCUGACUGGAGAGGAGUGGGAGUAUAGAAAAGGAAACAAGGACGUUCACUGGGAAGGAAUAAAGGAGGAGGAGCCCCAGCAGCUCCGCCCACUGGAAAAUAAUACAAACAAAGACCUGGCUGAGACAAUUUUUUUUACUGCAAAUGAAGAUCUCAAAAUCACCAACGUCUCUCCAUCCAAACCAGCCAAUGGGAUUAAAGAGGAAACGGCUUCACGUCACAAGGGAAACCAAUCAGAUUGCAGCAUUAAUCCCCUUACAGAACAGAUACAGGGAACAGACACACCUACUCCUAUCAUGGGGUGCAGCCUGAAUAACAGCUUGGCAGUUAAUUAUGUAUCUCACAGUAUUAAAAAGGAACCGGCUUUAUGUCAAGACAAAAAUCUGUCUGAUUUUAGAAUUAUUACAGUUUCAGACCCAGUAGUGGAAAAGCGCACGUCUGCUAUCGCUGGACACAGCCUAAAUACCAGCUUGUCAGCUAAUUAUAUAUCAAACGUUAUUAAAAAGGCACCUGCUUCAUGCGAACAAGGGAACCAAUCAGAUUACAAUAUUAUUACAGUUACAGAACAGAAACAAGGAACAGAUUCCCCUUCUCCCAGCACCAAUAACAACUCAUCAGUUCAUUAUAGAUCAAAUGGUAUCAAAGUGGCAUUGCCUUUAUGUGAAGGGAGAAACCAUUCUGAUUAUAACGUUAUUAUGGUUACAGAGAAUAUAGAGGGAACAGAUACACCGACUCCUAUGAUUGGAUACAACCUGAAUAACAGACCUUCAGGAAUGAUGUGGGGCGGAAAUAUUACAGACACGAGUAGAUCUCAGGAAAGAGAACUCGUCCUAAAACAGAUCUACAGCUGCACUGAAUGUCACAAAGGUUUUACCAGAAACGAGGAUCUGGUUAAACAUCAGCAAACCCACGCGGGGCAGAAACCGUGCAUCUGUUCUGAGUGUGGGGUAUGUUUCGCCCACGCCUCCGACCUUAGCAAACAUCAGAAGACGCACACAGGGGACAAACCCAUCGUGUGUUUGGAAUGUGGCAAAUGUUUCACCCGCCGCUGGUAUCUCAGCGUGCAUCAGAAAAUCCACACCGGGGAAAAGCCCCACUCCUGUUCUGAAUGCGGGAAGUGCUUUUCACGCCGCUCACAUCUGACCCUUCACCAGUUGAUUCACACGGGGGAGAAAACGUUCUGUUGCUCCGACUGUGGCAAAUGCUUCGCCCGCCGCUCGCGUCUCAUCGUCCAUCAGAGAAUUCACACCGGGGAGAAACCGUAUUCCUGUUCCGUGUGCGGGAAAUCCUUCCGAGAGCGCUCGGACCUCAGCGUGCAUCUGAAAGUUCACACAGGGGAAAAGCCCUACUUCUGCUCUGAAUGCGGGAAGUGCUUCACCCGGCGCACUAAUCUGGCCGAGCACCAGAGGAUUCACACAGGGGAAAGAACAUUCUCUUGUCCCGUGUGUGGGAAAUGGUUUACACGCCAGUCCCGCCUUAUUUCACACGAAAGAAUUCACCGGUAAAAGGUUUUGUACGUUCACUAUCACGUCUGACCCCCAACUUGCUUUUGUAGAUCCUUAGAGAAACAGUUAGGGAAAAAAAAAAGCCUAUAUAGUUUUAAUACGAAAAAAUACUUUUAUCUGCUUUGUAUUCUAUUUUUAUUACAGGUUUGAAGGAGGAAGAAAAGUUAAACUAAAAUAAAUCCAUUUAAAUGUAAA